GCAAGCAAAUCCAACGCCCCACUGCUGUUGUUGUUGUUGGUGUUGCCGUUCCGUUCGCUACGUUGCAGCAGCUGUUAGCGUAGGCCUGCGCCUUUAGUUGUUCGCUUGCUGAUUGGCUGGCUUGCGUCUGUCGGGCAAACAGACAGGUCAGUUGUAGUAAAAGGCAGCCGUGCAUCGACGUGCUACAGAUUCGUCGUCAAUUGAAUCUGAAGAUCGCCGCAGCAACCGCGACUCUAAGCGACAGACAGGAAAACAACAGAUCUAAUUUAACACGGAGCAGAUCUAUCGAUUUCGAUAGGAGUGCGGUGAACAGACAGCCAGACGAACGAACGUGAGGUAUUUCGAUAGUUGAAUAACACUGCACUGUACCACGGGUACGGACACUAGUGUACUCUGUAUAUUCGACGGUUCCGGCUCGCCCCAAGUGGCUUUGUGAGAAGGUUAUUAUUGGACAGCUGACCAGAAGGUAGACAAGCAGGCAUUACAGAUUGUACCGCUAGUGGCCUGAUCCCCUUCUGGUCUAUUAGUGUUUCUGAUGUCCACCGUGUUUCCAGUUAAUGCUAUCAUCAGCUGACGAGGAGAAGCGAAUCAGCGCCUAUCCGAGAAAUCAGCCAUAACUAACGGGUCAGAAACAAAUUCGUAUCCGUCAUCACACCUGUGACGACAGUAUUGUCAUUCCGUCAUAACACAGUUCCAAACGACUUACUGAUAGAGAUCGGCAAGUCAAGCACAUCAAGAUGUCGUACGCGUAUCUCUUUAAGUACAUCAUCAUCGGAGACACGGGUGUGGGCAAAUCUUGCCUUCUCCUUCAAUUCACUGAUAAGCGCUUCCAGCCCGUCCACGACCUCACCAUCGGAGUUGAAUUCGGCGCGCGCAUGAUCACAAUCGAUCGGAAGCAAAUCAAACUGCAGAUUUGGGACACGGCGGGUCAAGAAGCAUUCCGUUCAAUCACAAGAUCGUAUUAUCGUGGGGCCGCAGGGGCUCUGCUCGUGUAUGACAUUACCCGAAGGGAUACUUUUGACCACUUAACCACGUGGCUUGAGGAUGCCCGUCAACAUUCGAACUCUAAUAUGGUUAUAAUGCUCAUUGGAAAUAAGAGCGACUUGGAAGGCCGUCGUCAGGUGAAGAAAGAGGAAGGCGAAGCGUUUGCGCAGGAACAUGGACUGGUCUUCAUGGAAACAUCGGCCAAAACUGCAGAUAACGUUGAAGACGCCUUCAUCAAGACCGCAAAAGAGAUCUAUGAGAAGAUUGAGGAAGGUGUUUUCGAUAUCAACAAUGAGGCAAACGGCAUCAAGCUAGGACCCCAGCAGGCGAGCAGCAGUCCCGGUGGAGCAAAUUCUGCCGGCGAAACUCAGUCUGGCGGGUGUUGCUAAUAAAUAUAGAGAGAUCAUAUGCUUAAUGUAGAAACAUAAACUCAACCAAAAAGUCGAAGCAGCAACAAUACAAUAUUUAUAACAAUAGCUAACAGCAGAUCCGCAGUAAAUAUACAUACAGACACAUUUGAGUAUGGAAGCAAAUGGCGAAAUAAUGGAAAACGCGAAAAGGAUACGGCCGCCGCAAUAAGCGGUUUCAUCAUCUAACAACUAAAAAUAAUAAUAUGAUAUGGCUAACAAAAUAAUACUAAAAACCAACUAAGUAAGAUACGAAAUAUAGCGUAAUAACAGUAGAUAAAUAACAGGAUUAACAUUAAUAUAAUAACGGCUAUAUGAUGAUCCUAUUUUUUCGUGUAAAAGUCACAGUUAUGUCAGCAAGAAGGAAAGCUCUACAUAUAAUAUAUUAAGGAUAUUUCGGCGUUUUAAUGGAGCAAAAUCGAUGCUGAGAGAAAGCAAUUGCAUAGAAACGUUGGGUAGGUAUGUGAGGACUGAUUUGAAAUAUAUCAGUGGGCGGCUGGUAGAGAUCGCCUCAAAAACGCGCUGCAUAUUGCUUCCCCUCCCCGACAAUAGAAAAUACGACAAAAUCCUGUGGACAUCAAGGACUUAUCAUGGGCGGAUGUGAACGAGCUGCUUGGAGAUGGCUAGGGAAGUUUGGAAAUUCAUUCGAUUGGUUGUUGGUUUUCUGCGCCUAAUUGGUUUUAGCUUUUAAAAAAGGAGAGGUUGAAUACGGUAAAAGACGACGUGAGGUGAUACCCUUAAAGUAGCGAUUCAAACACUGAACGGCGUGUCUUUUAUUAAAAUGUUUUAGGUAUACAUGUCCGCAGUUAUAAACCUCAUGGUUGAUUCAUUGUGCCUCUGUAUAACAAUUAUUUUUUGUUUUUAUUAUAGCGACUUGUCACGUUGAAAUCGAUGUUAUAUGUGGUCAUGUAAACUGUAUAUCAUUUACACGGGUAGAUUUGUUAUUCUUAGGUUGAAGCGCAACGCAAUAUUGGUGUGGUCGGUCUUAGUUAUACGGCUUAGGGUUAAACUAAUUUCCGAACAACAGUAGGCGAUUUGUCUUGCGAGCGACUUCAGUAGAUGUAUGACAUUUAAACCAUUUUUCGUUUGCAAGCCAAUCAGCUAUCCAUGGUGCACAGCAUAAUAAAGUUUGGUAUAAAAGACAAUGCGUUGGAUGCUUGCGAGGGAAAUAAUAAUUUCGGUAGAGGUGAUAAUCGUUGUUUGUAAUGCAGAAGUAGUGGUAAUGGUGGUUACGUCCCGUAAAAACUAGAUCUCAUCCCUAUAAGAAAAGAUCUGUUCUUGAAAGAUUUGUAGUCGCUUUCUAACCAAUGACACUUUUCGCCCCCCUUUCCCGCGUUUUAGAAAACUGCGUGAUGUAGUAUCAUGGCCAGAUAUCAUAAUAAUGUUAUCUGCCCAAAGAGUGUUAUUGCAGUUUCUGGGUAUCAUGGUGCGUAUUCAAAACAAUGUCUGCGGUAUAUGCGUGUGCCAGCAUGUUUCUGAGCGUGUGGUUGUGUGUGAAUCGAUGUUUGUGCUCCGCUCUGUAUUAAUCACAAUGGUGAUAUUGAUGGUGAUGCUGAUAAUUGUUCUUGAAAGUGGGUUCUUUGGGGUUGUGGCCUAACAAUGAAAUAGGCAUAAAGACGAGAUGCAGGACGACAGAGGCAAAAAGUAAUUUUCUUUUCGCCAAUUGGUAAUGUUUCAUUUAAAUAGGUGCUAGUGGAGGAAUGAAAAGAAAAAUUGCUAGUGUCUAGACUCAGAGAAAGAGUACUAAUGGUAUUUUCAAAACUUGCUUAGAGAUCACAGUGCUGUAGACGAUGCCGAUGCAUUAAAACAAGUUAGCUUCGACGAAGAUAAAGCAAGAACAACAUGUCAAAUGGAAAUACUCAUAGCCUAAUGUAGAAGAUCUAACGCUAGCGUUGCGUUAGGAAGAGGUUAGGUGAAUCGGAUUUCUCUUCUUCCCGUGUCAGUUCCCUUUUUCCCGUCACUGCGACUCUUUACACCGUCCUAUCGAAAAUCACGCUCCCAGUAGCUGUUGUACCGCUAGAGGGCCCCUCAGAAUAUGUGGUGAUAUGAGUGGAAGCAGGUGAAUUCGUUAUUUUAACACGUUUGAAAUGGACGUAGGCCAUUGUUCUAUACCAAGGAAGUAGGGUGACGACAAGGACUAAGUGUGAAUACGCGUCAGAAAGAUGGUAUGCUUUAUUUUCGAAUAUCUAUCCUUAAUUAUCACGAUGACAUAGAUGAACUUCUGUUCGAAUGCAGGGAACGACUAGGUAGGUGACGAUUAAAUCCCGAAAUUACGGCCAAUAUGUGAAACUCAUUUAUAUGAAGUAAAGGUUCCAGGGCAACAGGCUUGUUUCGGGAAACAAUAUCUUUUGACAGAGCCAAUAUGUUUAACUUGAUAAAGAGAAAAAGUUCUCUUUAUCCAGAUUUUUCCUCUUGACAUAACUGAUUACCUAUGUUAUGUAGCAUUGAAUUUUCGUAAAAUAGACGAGUAGUGGAUCCUGACGACAUUGCACAGGAUGCACAGACCUUGUGCGGUGCUACUAUCCGUAAUUGCUUUCUAGAAAGAAACACAACUAUUACAGUAGAGGGGCAAAUAUUGAGUACAUAAAAAGUGAUUGUGACGAACGUAUGACAAGACGCACGGUGUCUCGCGGGCGCGAAUUCGCGGAAAACGCGACACCGUAUGGUUUUUCUUGGUUAUACACAACCGAUUUAUCAUUAUCACAAAAUAUUUUCGACUAUGAUGUUAUAAAAUAAACAUUCAAUCAUAACAACAGCAAAAAUAAGAACAAUAGCAGAUAACGAAGCGCAGAGGAGAAUAUAAAUCGACUAAAUACAGCACAGUACUGCACUCUUCUACCGUAACCUUUCUAUAAAGAACAAACAAAAAUUAAACUGAUAGCACGAAACACUGAUAAAGAAAAGUAACUGUAAGGAAACAUAACAGCGAUAAUCAUACAAGUAUAUAUGUUGGCAUUGUCUACAAUAAAGAGUGGUAUAUUGAAGAUUAUUUGUCUA